UCACUUGACGCCCGCCUCCGGGCGCGGGAUUGCGUAACCCGAAAGCUCGCUCGCGUGUUGUUUUGCUCAUCCGUGCAGUGGGUUUUGGCUCUCACCAUGGCCAUCACUCAGUUUCGGUUAUUUAAAGUUUGUACCUGCCUAGCGACAGUGUUCUCAUUCCUAAAGAGACUAAUAUGCAGAUCUGGCAGAGGAAGGAAAUUAAGUGGAGACCAAAUCACUUUGCCCACCACAGUUGAUUAUUCGUCUGUCCCUAAACAGACAGAUGUGGAAGAGUGGACUUCCUGGGAUGAAGAUGCACCCACAAGUGUGAAGAUUGAAGGAGGGAAUGGGAAUGUGGCAACACAACAAAGUUCCCUGGAACAACUGGAACCUGACUAUUUCAAGGACAUGACACCAACUAUACGGAAAACUCAGAAAAUUGUCAUUAAGAAGAGAGAACCAUUGAAUUUUGGUAUUCCUGAUGGUAGCACAGGUUUUUCCAGUAGAUUGGCAGCUACACAAGACCUGCCUUUCAUUCAUCAGUCAUCAGAAUUAGGUGACUUAGAUACCUGGCAAGAAAAUACCAAUGCAUGGGAAGAGGAAGAAGAUGCAGCCUGGCAAGCGGAAGAAGUUCUGAGGCAGCAGAAAAUUGCAGACAGAGAAAAGAGAGCAGCAGAACAACAAAGGAAGAAAAUGGAGAAAGAGGCGCAGCGUCUGAUGAAGAAGGAGCAAAACAAAAUCGGUGUGAAACUUUCCUAACACACGCUCGCCUGUCACAUCCCAGUGCCAGUAGGAGAAGCCUGGGCCUGCAGCCUACAGGACAAGCAUUUGUAUGGACUGGAGAUAAUUUCAGAAUACAAACACUGCUUGAUCUUAAUGUAUUUGAGCCAUCCAGGACACCAGGAUUCUCCCACAAUACCUUGAACUGUUAUUAAUCAAGACUCAAGACUCAAAAAUAAUGAGACAAUUAUUUUCUUCAACAUGUUCCAAAUAUAAGACAGUUGUUUGCUAUAGAGAAGUUAUUUCAAGUGGAAUAUACCAGACCAGUACCUCUCAAGCUAGUGUUUCUAGCUGAAUAAAUUGGGUGUAAAUAAUUUUAUGGUAGAAAAAUACUCUGCUAUCUAUUAUGCUUUCAUUCAUUGUGCAUAAUUAUAAAAUAAUUUUAAUAGUCUUUGUUUCCAUGAUCACUUGACAUAAAUUAAACAAAAUAUAAGUAGGGCUUCAUACCCUCUUUAAUUUUGUUUUCAGGUAGUGUUGACAUACAUUUUCUAUAAUUUGAACUGGCAUUGUUUGGUACAACAUUAAGGAAUAUGAUGAUUUGGAUUUUCAAGAAAAUAACAUUAAAUGCAAUAAUUUUAUUUAUCAAAUAUUUUGUAUAUCCUUAUUUUCUUUUGGAUGGUAUUAUAAUGUUAUACAGAGCUGUAAUUUAUAUUGCAUGUAUAAAUGUUGAAAAUCAGCUGCAAUGACAAGUUUGUGUGACUUAAGAACUAGGAUUAGUAGCUUUUCCCUUUCAUUACAGAUGUCAAGAUGUUAACAGUGUCUUUAAGGACCAUAGUUCUUCAUCCUCCUUAAAAGCCAUUAAUUUUCAAAUGCAGAAAGCCUUCAAUUUCAUUUGUUUUUUUUUAAGUGAUUCUGAAAGAUUUAUCUUUUUUUUUCAAUCUUACAUGAUGCAGGGUACCUAUACAUUCAGCUAGAUAACAUUACUGAUUCAAUACAAACCAAGUUAUAAUUUUUUCGUUUGUGAUAUUGACUUGUCUAAAGAAAUAUAAUUGCAUAUUGUGUUUUAUGGGGGAAAAUCAUAUCUCACAGUUUAAAAUGAAUACCAUUAAAUUUUCUCCACAAUUGAAAUAUAA